UCACUGUGUUGCGAAAUCUGUUCGCCACAGCUCAGAGGGUUAUAGCGCUGUUAUAAAACGUCAUAUGACGCACUUGAAUAUGUGAAGUUUGGGCUGCUGGAAAGUGCACAAAACGCGUGACAGACUCCUCGGCGUAUGAGUUGACGCGCGGUCGCGUUGGCUGAAGUGACUCAAGAAAGCUUGAAUACUUGUAAAGGAGGGGGUUUUUAUUCAUGCGCAACAUGGUGACAUUGCGGUUGAAAAUGCUGAUGGCCUUUCUGAGUGUUCUUGUAGGCGUCGUGGCCCAGGACAACGGUCUGCCGGCUGAACCAACAGUCGCAGGAACUGUGGAAAAGUGCGAACCAGCUACGGAUUACAAAUUUUUCAUCUGGAGACGAAUUUACCAGCCAUGCCAGUACCUCUGCGCUGGACCAUUCAUAGCUUUCGAGAACGAAGAUGACGGGACAGCGUGCUCGACCCUGUUGGUGCCCGAUGGAGAGUGCCUAAAUGGUAGAUGCGUCGAUGCAAUCAAAACACCUGAAGCGACGGACGUGCCUUCUACAACAACGGCUUUGGUGAAGGAUCCAUCGACCACUUCAGAGAGCCUUGGCGCAGAAUUUCAAACAGCUGAGAGUAUUAGUCGAGAUGACGCCCACGUUGAAGACGAAACAGAAGCAACGGAAUUUACGGCAACAGAAUCCACACCGAGUGGCAAAAGAGAUGAAUACGAAAAUGCGGCUGCAGAACAAGCCGAAGUUGACGAAGAUAAUUCGGCAGCGCCUUAAAAAUGGAAGCUCACCUCUGCGCAUGUUGAGGAGUUUGACUAGCGAGAAUACAGGUAGAAAGCGGUGGAAUCUAUAGAAGCAAGAAACCUGUGGCCGCACAACGCCUGUUUAGACGUCUGCUAGUUAAGCGAAUUCAACGAAGCUACGGAGCACAAAGUAGCGUAGUUUUGUACCCACUAUCAGAACUCGAAAUCGUCGAAUUAAAAGGAAAGUUGUU